AUGGGCACUAAGCUCAAGUUUAGUACUGCUUAUCAUCCUCAGACUGAUGGACAGACCGAGAGGACUAUUCAGACUCUCGAGGACAUGUUGAGGGCCUGCGCUAUAGAGCUAAAGGGUAGUUGGGACACUCACUUAUCAUUAGCUGAGUUUGCCUAUAACAACAACUAUCACGCUAGCAUUCAGAUGGUUUCACCUAUCACCGGUGUUGGUAGAUCCAUUAAAGCCAAGAAGCUUACACCCCGAUUUAUGGGUCCUUAUGAGAUUUUGGAGCGGAUUGGACCUGUUGCAUAUCGAAUUGCGCUGCUGCCAUAUCUUUCCAGUUUACACGACGUGUUCCACGUGUCACAGUUGAAAAAGUAUCACCCCGAUCCGUCUCAUGUUAUUGAACCCGAAGAAGUCGAGUUGCGAGAUAAUUUGACCUAUCCAACAGAACCAGAGCGGAUUUUAGACGUUAAGGACAAACAAUUGAGGAACAAAACUAUCCGUCUUGUUAAGGUCUUUUGGAAGAGCAUGAGUCCUAGUGAUGCUACUUGGGAGACGGAGGAACGGAUGCGUUACGAGUACCCUUACCUGUUUUCUUAG